AUGUUAACAAGUGCUUUAUCAAAUCCAAUGACCGGCAAUUUCUAUCGUGAUAAAGCUAAACAACCUAAAGCUUCACGUUCGAAAAGUCAACCGGGACAUGAAAGUCGUAUUAGUUUUCUUCCACCCAUAAGUACAUCACCAGUACGUCCAACGAAAAGUUUCUUUGAAAAUCUUCUUCAUUUAAAACCAUAUGGCUCUUUAUCAACAGCAGGUGCAAUGGAUAAUCGAACAAGAGUAUCAGCUUAUGGUACAACUAUUAUAAGUGAUCGUUCAUCACGUGCAAAAAUGGGACAUCAUUCAGUUGUAUCAGGUUAUAGUGCUCAUUCAACAAAUGAUCAUAUGCCACAUGAUGCUCGCCCUUUACCAACUAGAUUAACAUUAAGAUUUCGCCGAGCAGGUGAUUUAAUUUUAUUUGCAAUUCAUUGGUGUAAUUUUGCCCGGAAAAAAAAUCAGUUACGUUCUAUGGAGUAUCAAUCUUAUUUGCAAACUAACGAUACACCAGAUAAACGUAUGUUCGAUAAAACAAAUUUUAAAAUUCAAACAUUAGAUAUUCUACCUGUUGUUCAGGAAUUCUUUAAACAACCAACUGGUGAACGUAAUCUUGACAAUGCUGAUCAGGUUCGAAGAUGUUUAGCUGAUGUUAAACCAUUUUCACGCUUACCAAAAGUAUUCCAAGAUCAAUUAUUACAAAAAGCGUGUUAUCCUGAACAACGUACAAUUAUACGUCAAGGUGAACGACCUGCUUAUUUUUAUAUAGUUUUAUCCGGUUCAGCUAUUCCAACAUUUAAACGAGAGAGUGAUGGUAGCGUGGAAACAUUAGAUGUUUUAAAACGAGGAUGUACAUUUGGAGAUCAAAGUUUAUUAAAUGAUUCAAAACAAUAUUAUACUGUUAUGUCAAAAACAAAACUUGAAUUAUUAGUUCUAUGGAAAAAUGAUUUUAAAUCAAUCUUUGCCACAAGAGAUCGACAUUGUAGUAAAGCUGAUUUACGAUAUUUAAAAAAUCAUAUAUCGUUUUUACGAGGUUUUCCAUUAGACCGUUUGAAUGAAAUUCCAAAUGGAAUUCAACAUCAUCAUUUUGGAUUAUCGGAAAUAAUUGCAAGAGAUAGUCGACGUAUGAAACAUAUAUUUAUUGUUAAAAAAGGUUCACUUGAUGUAUGGAAACGUCUUGAUCCAGUUGAUAAUAAUCAAGAUUUAACUAAAUCAACACUUGAACGACUUGAGAAUGAAAAAGUAUAUGAUGAUCAAAAUGAUUUGACAGGAGAUUCUCGAGCAUUAUUUUCUGAUAUUCGUCUUGGUGCUGAUAGUAGUGGAUCUUUAGCAAAUGCACUCGAUGGUGCUACUCGUUCUAAUCAUUCACUAGGUGAAGAUCAACGAGCUGCAUCAGCAGUAUCAACAACAUCUCGAAGUAUUAUUAAUGAAGAUAAAAAAUUUCCUGGUUUAAUUGAUAAACGUGAUCGAAUACAAUUAAUUGAUUAUGAAGCAUUAUCAAUAAAUAGUACUGGAACAAAAUUAACAUUAACAAAUGCAUUAUUAAAACAGAAUCAAUCAGCAAAUAAAGAAACUGUAAGACGAAAAUUAGCUCAUCCUGAUAAAAGAAUUUAUGUACAUGUUAAGACAUUGAACGAAGGUCAACAUUUUGGUUUGACGGAUAUGUUAUUUCCAAAUCAACCAGCGUUAACUGUAAUUAGUAAUGAAUGCGAAUGUUUUCUAUUAGAUAAAGCAUCUUUUACACAAUUUGUAACUGAUCAAUAUAAAAAAGUUGUUCGUCGAACAGAAACACCAUUUCCAAAUGAUGUUGCAUUUGAUGAAAAAUAUCAUAAGAAUGAAGUUUGGAGACGUUAUUCAAAAAAAUUAUAUUUGGAAACACUUGAUCGUCUUAAUCAACGACAUCCAGAAACUAUUAAAUCAUCAGUUAAUAUUAAUGAACCAAAACAUUAUCAACAUCGACAAUCGAUUCUUAUUGAUGCUAUUUAA